GUCAUUGCAACUUUGUUUUCACCGUUGAAAGUUAUCCGACUUGAAAAAACGAAGCCCCCAAAACGCCGAUAAAGCAGAACAUAACUUUCUCGCUGGAGCGCAGGUGAAAAAAAAAAUGGCGAAAUCGAGCGCCGACGAUGCGGAGCUUCGGCGCGCGUGCGAGGCGGCGAUCGAGGGUACCAAGCAGGAGAUCGUAAUGUCGAUCAGGGUGGCCAAGAGCCGCGGAAUCUGGGGCAAAUCCAGCAAAUUGGGGCGCGGCCACAUGGCCAAGCCUCGCGUGCUCGCCAUAUCAAGUGCUUCUGGGCUCGUCAGAAUAAGUUCCUUUUCGUCCCAUGACCCUGCUAAAGCUGAGGCAAAUGGCCGGCAUUCUAAUGCUUUUAUUCGGGUCUUAAAAUAUUCCACAGGAGGUGUUCUUGAACCUGCAAAACUAUACAAGCUGAAGCAUCUGUCGAAAGUGGAAGUCAUAUCGAAUGAUCCAAGUGGAUGUACCUUUAUGCUGGGUUUCGAUAACCUCAGAAGUCAGAGUGUUGCUCCACCUCAAUGGACAAUGCGCAAUGUUGAUGACAGGAACCGUCUUCUGCUUUGUGUCUUAAACACCUGCAAGGACAUGUUGGGUCGUCUUCCUAAAGUAGUUGGCAUAGAUGUUGUGGAGAUGGCUCUUUGGGCCAAGGAAAACACACCGGUCAUUGCUAAGAAACAAAGAUUCCUUCCAGAUGAUCCUGCUGUGGCUGCAGUAGCAGAAGACGACACAAAGGUGACAGUUGAAAGAGAACUGGUGUCUCAAGCUGAGGAAGAGGACAUGGAAGCUCUUUUAGGCACCUAUGUCAUGGGCAUCGGUGAAGCAGAGGCAUUUUCUGAGAGGUUAAAGAGAGAGCUUCAAGCAUUAGAAGCAGCUAAUGUGCAUGCGAUAUUGGAGAAUGAGCCUUUAGUAAAUGAGAUAUUACAGGGGCUUGAGUCCGCUACUGACUGUGUUGACGAGAUGGAUGAAUGGUUAGGAAUUUUCAAUCUAAAACUAAGACACAUGAGAGAAGACAUAGAAUCGAUAGAAACCCGAAAUAACAAGCUGGAAAUGCAGUCAGUAAACAAUAAAUCAUUAAUUGAGGAACUUGACAAACUUCUUGAAAGACUACUUAUCCCAUCUGAGUAUGCAGCUUGUCUUACAGGGGGCUCAUUUGAUGAGGCUUGCAUGAUUCAGAAUAUAGAAGCAUGCGAGUGGCUGACCAAUGCUUUACGAAACAUUGAAGUUCCCCAAUUGGAUCGUUGUUAUGCAAAUAUGAGAUCUAUAGCUUGCCUCAUACCUGGAAUCAAAUUUGACGAUUCUAGUGAUAUAAGACCUGUAAAGCGACAAAAGAGAUUAGCUGUGAGCUUAUGUGUGUUGGAUAAUUAUUGGGAUGACGUCACUCAUUGGCAAUUGUGGGUAAACUCACAGGUUAAAGAGAAGCGAGCAGAACUCGACAAACUGAGAAACAAUUUUGUUAAAAGAGCAUCCGAGUUCCUAAGGAACUAUUUUGCUAGUUUGGUGGAUUUCAUGAUAAGUGAUAAGAGUUACUUCUCUCAGCGUGGGCAAUUGAAGAGACCUGAUCAUGCUGAUUUGCGGUAUAAGUGCCGGACAUAUGCUCGCCUUUUGCAACACUUGAAGAAUCUGGAUAAGAAAUGCUUGGGCCCAUUGAGGAAAGCUUACUGCAGCUCCUUGAAUUUACUUCUACGUCGGGAGAAAGCAACUCUAUUGAAUGUGAAUAUGCUAUUUUGCCUGGAAUCUGAUUUAUCUCUCCUUGCUCGGGAGUUUGCAAAUGAACUUCGUGCUAGUACAAAAGCAUCAAGGAAUCCUACUGUAUGGCUUGAUGGUUCUACAGGCUCUAACCAUAGUGCAAGUAGUGCUGAUACUUCUACAGUCUCUGAGGCGUAUGCUAAAAUGCUCACAAUUUUUAUUCCGCUCCUUGUAGAUGAGAGUUCUUUCUUUGCGCAUUUCAUGUGCUUUGAAGUUCCAGCUCUCGUUCCACCUGGAGGUCUUGCCAACGGAAACAAAACUGUACCCGAUGAUGAUGAUAAUGAUGAUGAUUUGGGAAUCCUGGACAUUGAUGACAAUGACAAAGCCGGUAAAAAGCCUUCGGACUUGCAGGAAUUAAAUGACUCACUGCAUGAUUUACUUGAUGGAAUACAGGAAGAUUUCUAUGCUGUGGUGGACUGGGCAUACAAGAUCGACCCUCUGCGUUGUAUAUCCAUGCAUGGAAUAACCGAACGCUAUAUCUCGGGUCAGAAAGCUGAUGCGGCAGGAUUUGUGCGCAUUUUACUUGAUGACCUUGAGAACAGAAUUUCCUCACAGUUUAGUCGUUUUGUCGAUGAAGCUUGCCACCAGAUUGAAAGAAAUGAGCGAAAUGUCCGACAGGUGGGAGUUUUGUCAUAUAUCUCCAGAUUUGCUACUCUGGCAACCCGCAUGGAGCAGUACAUACAGGGACAGUCGAGGGAUUUGGUUGAUAGGGCUUACACAAAGUUUGUGACAGUAAUGUUUGUGACAUUGGACAAAGUUGCUCAAGCGGACCCAAAAUAUGCAGAUAUUAUUCUGUUAGAAAAUUAUGCAGCAUUUCAGAACAGUCUGUAUGACCUUGCUAAUGUUGUGCCAACUUUAGCUAAGUUUUACCAUCAAGCAAGUGAAUCUUAUGAACAGGCUUGCACACGCUUUAUAAGCACAAUCAUAUACUAUCAAUUUGAGCGACUCUUCCAGUUUGCUCGCAGAAUAGAGGAUUUAAUGUAUACAAUUACACCUGAGGAGAUACCAUUUCAGCUCGGGUUGUCAAAAAUGGAUCUGCGCAAGGUUGUAAAAUCAAGUCUAUCUGGGGUUGACAAGUCUAUUAGUGUCAUGUAUAAGAGAUUGCAGAAGAAUUUGACUGCAGAUGAACUAUUACCUUCAUUAUGGGACAAGUGCAAGAAAGAGUUCCUGGACAAAUAUGAAAGUUUUGCUCAACUCGUAGCAAGAAUUUAUCCGAACGAGCAUAUUCCUGCUGUCUCGGAUAUGAGAGAUCUAUUGGCAUCCAUGUAGAGCACACGGGUUGUAUAAUUAGAGCUCAGUAUAUUUCAUUAUUUUGUUGUUGUAAUGUUGUAUNGGGUUGCCGUUCCUUUU